CAACGCUUUCUUAACUAAUUCCUGUUUGGAAGUCAUUUUUCUUCUCCAUCUUCUUCCUUCUUCCAAUUCUUCACAUUCUCCAUUUACAUUUCCAGUUCUCGUUCUUUAUUUCCCAUUUUCUUCUUUAUAAAUUCUGUUUCCCCAUCGAAUUUCAACUUCCUUCAACAGCCGAUCACGCCGUAAUUUCGAAAUUUCCCACUAUGAGUCUUCAACCUACACGAUCGGAGUCGGAAUCUACUGUUCUUGACGGCGUCAGUCCUAAUGCCGGCGUUCAAAUCCAACCGUCGUCUCCGGGUUCCUUUUUAUCACCGCGUCAUUCAUUGGAUUCCCAGCGGAGAAUCGCUAUCGCUGUUGAUUUGAGCGAUGAGAGUGCAUACGCCGUUCGUUGGGCUGUUCAGAACUAUCUCCGUCCUGGUGAUUUGGUGUUUUUUCUUCACGUUCAACCUACAAGCGUUCUUUAUGGAGCUGAUUGGGGAUCAGUUGACCUUCAUCAAAGGAAUAGCAGCAGCGACGAGGUAAGCGCUGAAGAAACGCAAAGAAAGAUGGAAGAUGAUUUCGAUAAUUUCACUACGACCAAGGCCGCUGACUUGGCUCAACCUUUAGUGGAGGCUAAUAUUCCUUUCAAGAUUCACAUAGUCAAAGACCACGACAUGAAGGAAAGACUCUGCCUCGAAGUUGAACGAUUAGGGCUUAGUGCUGUUAUCAUGGGGAGCAGAGGCUUUGGCGCCUCAAAGCGAAUUACUAAGGGCCGACUUGGAAGUGUUAGCGAUUAUUGCGUUCACCAUUGUGUGUGUCCGGUGGUGGUGGUUAGGUAUCCGGAUGACAAGGAUGGUUCACGUGAUGGAGAUGCUGAAACCGGCGGCUCGGUGAAGAGUAUUAUUAGGGAGGAAGUGGAGCUUGAUCCAGUGCCUGAAGAUGAGCAGGAGUAUCAUGAUGGUGACGAGGAGGUCAAAGAAAUUGUACACAUGACAAAGGUAGAGAAGACUGCUGAGUGAAUUGAGUUGACUUGAAGAGUUUGGUGUUUGUACAUGAUGAAAAUAUUUCAUAUCUUUUGUUGGAAGAACGAAAACCUUUAUGGUUAGAGAUUUCCAUUCUCCAUUUGUACAUGGUGAAAAAGUAUUUCAUAUCCUCUGUUUGAACAACGAAAAACUGUAUGCUUCAGAUAUUAGUUUCUAUUUGUGUAAUGUUCUUCUCUCACUACUUUUCAUAUAUAAUAGUGCAUACCUACAUAUUCA